GAUGCUGUCAUUAUGUCAAAAUUGCGUGGUUGAGUUGCUUUGGUUGAUGUAAUACUUAAUAAUUGGUUCUACUACUGAGAAACCAGAGUCUACAGUGUACAUAGCGGCAUGCUCGUGCAUGAUGCGAAAUACCAUAGCAUUCGUGACUAUCACUACUGCACACGCUAUCGGCCGCACUAAAUGCGCCUCUGGUAACAUAAUCGUGUAUAAACAACGUUUUGAAAUUUGCAAGUGACGUGAAUACUCGUGCGAUGGUGUCUUGAGAUUAGUAAACGGAAUUUCCCAGACAGUUAACGAGUUAUAGACUGUCAACAAUGGCAGGAUCCACGCUGCCCGAGAGGGUAGCUCAGAUUUAUUAUACUUACGGAUUAUUUUGUUCGUCUUAUCCUAUUACAGCAAUCACAUUGGCACUAUCUGUUUUGCUACUGUGCUGUUACCCUCUACUAAAUGUACCUCUUCCUGGAAACAAACCAACUGUUGUAACAUUGCCGCUUCAUGGUGUUGACAUUUAUGAUCUCACAAGUUCUGAUUGCAGCCAAAGUAAAUGCUCAGAAGAAAGACCUUCACAUUUGGAAAUCCUUUACAAUGAAACGCAGAAGCUUCCUUAUAUUUGGGCAAAGGACAAACCUCUACUAUAUGUGCAACAAAUCAUUAUGAAAAUAGGUGUAUCUCCAUGGAACAACAAUUUGAAGAUGUGGGAUGCAUUCAGGGCUCCUUUGCAAGAAGUCUUUAGAUUGCUAGAGACAAUACGAAACCAUGAAGAUCCGGAAACGAAGAGCACACUUCUGCAGCAUUGUUAUCAAAUCGGGGGUAUCAAGCGGCGUGAUAGUAAAGCGAGCAUGGAGCGAGUACUGCCGGAAUAUAGCUGCUUGCUCCUAUCUCCGGCAAAUCUUUGGCAACAGAAUCUACAGUCGUUUUCCCUGGAUGCUAACAUCAUCAACACUGUCUAUAAUUAUCAGAAUCUUCAGAAAGCCAAAGUGUCAAUAGCAGAAAUGGCUUUUGGCAUGCAACUCCGAGAGACGGGCAUCAAAAGAUAUCCCUUAAGAGCUCGACCACGAGUGUUGCAGUAUGCCGUCACUAUAUUCUACCAGCAACCAGACCAAAGAUACAUUCAAUCUUUAACAAAAAAGCUGAAAGAAAUAUACCCACUAUAUCAAGACAUGCCGUACACUCACGUGAACGAGUUUACUCUCGUUUACUAUCCAGGACAGUUCAAUUAUAGAGAACUGGUUCCUUUAACUAUAACAUUUGUGGGACUGUUUUUGUACGUCUACUUCUCCGUUAGAAAAAUAGAGUUUAUUCGAUCUAAAUUAGGCCUCGCCGCUUGUUCUGUCCUCACGAUUGGUGGAAGUCUCGCCAUGUCAAUGGGCAUUUGUCUUUAUUUCGGAUUCUCACUGAGUUUACAAGGCAAAGAGAUCUUCCCCUACUUAGUGAUCAUCGUGGGACUAGAAAAUGUGUUAGUUCUGACCAAGAGCGUUACAUCCACUGACUCACGCCUCGACGUGAAGAUCCGACUCGCUCAGGGCCUUAGUAGAGAAGGCUGGUCCAUUACCAAAAACUUACUUACUGAAAUCACCAUACUUACGGUUAGUUUCUUUACAUUUGUUCCAUUCAUCCAAGAGUUCUCCAUAUUCAUGAUAGUCAGUUUGAUAUCGGAUUUUUUCAUUCAAAUGGCAUUUUUUGCUACUAUACUCGGAAUCGAUGUUCACCGCAUGGAAUAUUUCAAAGAUCAAAAUAACAAGUUACAUCUAAAGGAAUACUUCAAUGCAAAUAACGCUCUUAAUUGGAGAUUCAGUAAGAAUUACGUAGAGGAAAAUAGUUUUUCGCCACAAAGAAUGACAAAGUCGAAAUCACAUCCGAGAUUGAAUGGCCUGGCUCACAACAGUCCGACAGAUGUUGUAGCUAAAAGGAAUUCAAGUCCAGGUCACCAAGACCACAGAGUACCGAAACGAAUCCGCCUGGUGAACAUGUGGGCGAGGACGCGGUUCUUUCAACGCGCCUUCAUGGUCUGGAUGUUGGUGUGGAUCUCGAUGAUAGUGUACAACUCCGGCGUUGUUGACUACUUCAUCAGCAAUAUCGAGAAAACUGAAGCUGAAGUAAACAGGAGGAAUUAUGAGAAGAACGAGCCAAAGCAGUCGACGUUCAUGUUUUACAACAACAGCGAUAGAAAUCCCUUGGUAUUCCCGCCGAUGCUGGAUAUUGAUUCGGAAAAGAACGUAGUGGAUGCAAAUGACACCAUUAUGCUAAAACAUUCACCACACUCGCGGCCGUGGUCGAGGUUGUCAUCGCAUCACUGGUCGGCGGUGUUAUCUCACUAUAACGAGUCAGUCGCUGGGCGGCAUGUGGCGGUAUUACCUCCAUUAUUGGUGAGCCAACGCGUGGCUCCUGAACUGGCAGCUGGCGUACGAAAUCCUGAUGAAAGGGAUCCGCCGCCGCUGCGCUGGCAAGCACUCGCAGCUGCGCUGGACCCCAUCGAUAUGCUGCCAGAGUUCGAGCUAAUGGAAGGUAAAAGCCAGCCUCACGCGUGGGGCAAGGGAUCCGACCUGCCAAUAUAUCCAACCACGCCGAUGGAGAUCCUUCUGCUGGCCAUCCUCUGCACGAUCAGUGUCGCCGUCAUCGCAUACAUGAUGGUCGUGCUUUACCGAUGCGUGUGUUCUCGGCAUUACGCUGAGUGGCGAGCUUCGUGGAGUGAUGAUGAUGAAUACAGGAAGAUUGUGGCGAAACAACCUGCAGUACAGUUGGUAAUGGAAGCAGUCCCAUUGGUGGUGGCUGGUCACAGUCAGGAGGUGGAGUGUUUGGUGACAGAUGGAGAGAAGGUCGUCAGCUCCUGCCUGCAAGGAAACAUCAAAGUGUGGGACUCCCAGAAUGGCGAGAUCCUCACCAACAUUGACCGUGGCGCCUUCUUCAAACUGCAGAAAGACCUAUAUGAAAAAGUAUCGAAAAAACAUAAUUUAUCGUACGAAGCGACUAAAGUAAAUCACAAUCCAGAACUGUCUCCAAGAAACACAGAGAAUGUACAUAGGCUACGUAAAGGGUUGAGCAGUUACUUGAGCGGCCUUCGAUUUAGGCCGGUGGGCCCGCGGGACUCGCCGCACCAUCUCUCCACCGCCGAGACCACUAAAUAUGAUUUCGCGAAAAAUUACAGAAACUUGUACUGCGGCGACCAACAAGAAGAUUUAUACAAUUGUUACGAGGCUAAAGAAAAUGUGGAUACUAGUAAUUUAAAUAUAAGUAAUCAAGAUAUAUUGAACAGUAGUGUUAAGAGUCGUGAUAAUAGUGAUGAGAACAUAUUCGUGUUUGAUUCAAGUGAACAAUCUGUAAAUAGUUUACGUAAUAAGUCUAAUAAUAAGUCGACAUUAAGUGAUAGUGGGCCCACAGCGGAGGACGAUAAGAGUGAGGAUGCAGUGAGUAAUCUGGAUUGGAGAGGGAAGGCGAUCAAAGAAUCUCCUGUGUGGUGUAUGGACUUUUGUAACGAUCUUAUUAUACUCGGAUGUGCUGACGGCCGGCUCGAGUUUUGGGAGGCCAGUUCUGGGAAGCUCAUGUGCAUAUGGUGGAGUGUAGAAGCUCGAGGCGGGUGUAACUCUGCGGGCGCGACGCACGUGCGUGCGCUGGCGGGGGCGCGACGCGUCUGCGUGGCGUCGCUGGCCGGGCACCUCACGCUCCUGCGCCUCGACGCGUAUAACGCAGCCUCAGGCGCACACGUCGACUGGCAGUUCAGCACCGCACAUCGACGAACGCACAAACGCACGGGGUCUGCUGGCUCCCUUAGAGUGGGAUACGCGCCCGAGGGCGAGCCCACGCGCUCAAGGAUGAGCUUCUCCUACGAGACAGAUUUCAGCGAUGGAGAAGAGGUGGUGUGCGUACGGAUAGCUCAGUGCCGGCCGCAUCAGCAGCCUAUCACAGAGAUGCACUGCGAGGGAGGACGCAUCGUCACUGGAGGACAGGAUCAUGUACUCAAGGUAUUUUCGAGUGCAGAUUUGAACCCGUUGUUCACGUUGCACGGUCAUUGCGGGCCAAUCACCAGCUGCUUCAUCGACCACGCAACCCCUACUAUCGCAGGGAGCGGCUCGCAAGACGGCUUACUGUGCGUCUGGGAUCUACACACUGGUGCAUGCCUAUACAGUAUGCAGGCUCACGACGGUGCAGUGACGUCAUUGGCAUACACCGCCUCCUACGUAGUGUCAGCGGGUGCAGACGAACGCCUAUGUAUCUGGGAUCGAUUCCAGGGGCAUAUGCUCAACUCUAUACAUAUAGGUCUCAACUACAUGAGUCGUAUGUUGCCGUUAACGCACACGAUGUUGGUGAUGGGAGAUCGCAGCGGACUGACCGCGUACGAUCUCAGCAGUGGUGACGUCAUCCGACGAGUACUUCUAGGCCAAAGUGACGGUUGUAUCUUCGUGAGACAGAUACUACCUCUGAAAGAUGCAAUAGUCUGUGACUACGCGAAUCAACUGCGCAUCGUUCGCUUCCCUCUAGUAUCUAGAUUAUGCGAUAUGAAGAACGAAUAGUAAUGUGAGCUAUGUACACAUAGUUUAGCAGAUUGCUCGGGGAAACAAACAUCCAUAGUUAUAUAUUAGGACUAAAGGUGCGUACAGAUUCACGGCCGAAAUUAUUACGAUCUCAAACCUGUUGAUUAAGAUCGAAUUUUGACUGAAAUUCAAGUAAAAAGUCGACUUUAAUCCCUUAAAAUGAAGUUCCAUUAUGAAUUUCGGCCGUUAGUAACUUGUUGUAUAACUUUUAUUUCACAUUAUCUAAGUUUAUUUUCCAAUUUCCAACUUUAUAACGUUUAUAACAAAACUGCAUUUGAAUCACAAAGUUAUUUUAUUAUGUUACUGAACCAUGUUAUAUAUGUUAAAAGUAUAAUCUGUAAGCACCUUGGCCUUAUAUCUAUGAGAUACAGUAACGAUAGACUUGACAGUGUCUUACUAACUUCCAUAUACAUUAUCUUGUAGGUAUUCAAACAAAUUGAACAUUGCACAGCAUACAUUAAUGGUACCAAAAUUGUUUAGAAACUUGCUAAUGAAGAGUAUUUUGAUCGGUUAUUUUAACGCUUAAUAUAUUCUAAUAUAUAAAUAAUUAUGUCGAGAAAUGUAUUACUUCUCUAAUUCGUCAUUCUCUUAAAUGUUACAAUCUAAAACUAAUCAAUUGAAUGUUAAAAAUCACAAGAAUGUUAAAUAAUAUUACCACCACAUAGUAAAUACAUUUUAAAGUCGGUAUAUACAGAAGUAAAUGUAUGCCGGUACAUUUACUACUGAGUUUAACAUGAGCUUCUAUGACAAUGACAUAGUCUGAUGAAAAACGCGUUAUUAAGAACAAGUCAUUUUUUUUUUUCUAUUAGUCUGAAUAAAUAUAUUAAUUUGUUGACACGACACGGCCUAUGAGACGGCUAUGUAGACAUAUUAUUGUCCAAAUAUUAAGUUAUGGCUACAUUAAAUGUGCACGUUAUUUCAUUAUGUUACAUUAAAACAAAUAUUGAAAUGAAAUGAAACCUUUCCUCAAUCGAUAAUAAAUUAUUUCCAAUUUUAAAUCUAUCAGAGUAUCCCAAAAUAAUGAUACUCUCAUUAAUUAAUUUAAUUUUAGUCUAAGUUUUCGUACUUUUCUAGCAUAAGAGAAAUAAGUAUAAUUUUGACGUAAAAUAAGUAUGACGUCACAACUCGCAAUUUCGUACAAAAUUCAUUGAAACAUAAUAUAGUUUAUUUGGCAUUUCGAAAAGUUAUUUAUGUCGACUUGUGUCGGAAUACUGAAACGCUACUCAAUUUUAAGUCGUGCUUAAGUAUAGUACUAUCUCUACAAAUUCUUUGUAAAAUGACAGAGAUGGCACGAUAUUUUAACACGACUUAAAGUUGAGUAACGUUGCAGUAUUCCGGCAUUGGAUACUUCCUUGUUAUGCAACCCUAUGUAUGCCGCCGUAGUCAGGUUUAUUUCUUAUGAUGUUGAGGUAAACUUUAUUUAUGUAUGUGAGAAAAUAAUGUUGAAACCUUUUAAAUAAUUAUUUAUUGUUUACAUUUUAGAUCAUAUACAGUUUAUUCAAAACUGUUCUAAAGGCUGUUUUGAUAUCAAUACAUAUUUAUUUAAUAAAAACUUAUAUUUUGUGUAAACUGUACUGUA